AUGAAGUUUGUUAUUUUGUUUUUAUUUUUUGGAAUAUUUUUAACCAAGUUAGAAGCAUCAAAUAUUCUUGCAAUUUGGCCAGUACAAAGUCGAGCGAAUUUCAAUGUUGGCCUCGCGUUAUGUGAAAAACUUGGCGAUCUUGGACAUAAAAUUACGCUUAUCAGUCCAUAUGACCAACGAGAACCACAUGCAAACAUUAACUUUGUAAAACUUGAUCGUGUCGCUAAUGCAGUUGAUGUUAUUCAGUUUUUUGAGAUGAGAAAUUUCACAUUGUUUGAGUUGAUGAAGUUUCAUAUUGAUGCAGCUAGAGACAAAGUUGACUUCGCAAUGGGUGAUGAAGCUUUAAAAGGAAUUCUCAAGUCACCAGAGAGUCACGAUAUCGUCAUAUUAGAUUCCUAUCUAAAUGAUGCAAUGUUGGGAGUAGCACAUUUUUUAAAAUCACCUGUCAUAGCAUUUAGUAGCACCGGCGUUUCAAAGUGGUCAAAUCAAAUGGUUCAAAAUCCUUUUAAUCCUUCCUACAAUUCAAAUAGUUACUUGGGAUUCACUGACGAAAUGAACUUUUAUGAAAGACUUUUAAACUCGGCAAUGUGGAUUGUUGAAAAUCUCUUUUAUCAUUUUUACUACAUUCCAUCUCAAGAAGCACUAUAUAAAGAACAUAUGAAAGAAUUUCUUCCCGAACCGAUACCAAAACUCAUUGAUUUGAUUCAUAAUGUUGAUUUGGUACUUUUGAAUUCACAUCCAUUAUCGCAUCCACCAAAAGCUCAUGUUCCAAAUAGUGUUGAAGUUGGUGGUGUUCAUUUGAAGACGUUAGAAGACGAAAUUCAUCCUGAAUUUAUUAAAGUCAUGGAUCGUGCAACGAAUGGAAUAAUUUACUUUAAUUUAGGAGCCAACAUAAAAUCAUCAGAUAUGCCGAACGAAAAGUUGGAAGUGUUUUUAAAAGUUUUCAAUUCAAUGAUUGAUGUCUUAGUUCUGUGGAAGUUUGAGACGAUUGCUUUGAAAGAAAGACAUGGCACGAAUAUCAUCAUAGGGCCGUGGUUGCCACAACAGGAAAUUUUAAAUCACAAAAAUUUGAAAGUCUUCAUCACUCAAGGUGGAUAUUUAUCGACCAUGGAAGCAUUGUUUUAUGGAAAGCCAAUCAUUGGCAUGCCAUUUUUUAAUGAACAAAAGUCAAUAAUAGAAAGAUCCGUGAGUCAAGGUUACGGACUUUCACUCGAUUACGACGAGUUAAGUGAAGAAUCAUUAAACAGCACAAUCCAAAUGAUAUUCAAUAAUUCAACAUUCCAAAGAAAUGCUGAGAAAUAUUCAGCUGUACUCAAGGAUAAUCCAAUUUCUCCAAUCGAUAAGGCAGUUUACUAUGUUGAACAUGUUAUUCGUCACCACGGAGUUGACCAUUUAAAAGUUGCUGCAACAAAGCUGUCAUUCUGCCAACUACAUCUCAUCGAUCAAAUUACUUUUAUUGCUUUCGUGCUGCUGAUCGCUAUCUCAAUCUUAUCAAAGAGCAUAAAAUGUUUCAAAAUGAAAUUCCAGAAGCGUAAUAAAUCGGAUUCCGUCAAAAACUCAAAGAGAAAAAAAUUAAAAUCAAAUUGAAGGUAAGCCUCCAAAAAGGCAACAAUUCAUAAAUUGCACUCGAAACAGC